AAAGAGAGAGGCAGGCAAUUGAAUUGGUGGAUAGAAUAUAAUAGAGCAUAGAGUAGAAGACAGAAGGAAUUGAAGAGAUAGAAAAUGGAAGGAGGGGUACGAAUGGCGAUGGAGAUGCUGCUGGUUCAGGCUAUCGCGACCGGCUUACAGCUUCUGUCGAAGGUCAUUUUGGGACAAGGAGCUUUUGUCUUUGCUCUCAUGACUUACCGCCACAUUGUUGCUGCUUUCUGUGUGGCCCCUUUCGCUUUCUUCCUCGAAAGACAUUUUGCCUUAAAAACGAUAAAUUGUCCGUGGCACAGAAUGGCGCGGGGCGUGUACAUGGCGGAUAGUGUGAAGAAAUUGAGUUUUUCUGCUGUGAUAUGCAUCUUUUUUGUUGCAUUAUCCGGGAUCACUAUGGCUAUGGGAUUCUUUUUUUAUGGUCUCCAAAACACAUCAGCAACUUAUGCUACCAAUUUUCUCAAUCUAAUUCCAAUAGUAACCUUCAUCUUCUCGAUAAUAACUCGUGUAGAGAAGUUGAGAUUGAAAACCAAGGCUGGAAAUAUUAUACUCAUUGGAAUAAUGUCAUGCCUUGCGGGAGCGUUGACAGUUACAUUAUACAAAGGCAAAACAUUUCAUCUCUCUACACUCAACAUCAACAAUCAGGCAAUUGCCCCUACUGUGAAACCAAAUUGGGGACUUGGAACUAUCUUUCUGGUGUGUAGCUGUAUAAGUUAUGGUUUCUGGUUCAUUAUUCAGGCAAAAUUGUUCAAGAUAUUUCCAUACAAGUAUUCCUCAACCACUCUUACAUGCAUAUUUGCCACAUUUCAAAGCAUCGUGGUGGGUUUAUUCAUUGAUAGAACCAAAGCUUCCUGGAAAUUGGGAUGGAAUUUGCAACUAGUUACUAUACUCUAUUCAGGUGCAUUAGCUACAGCAGCAACAUUUUGCUUAAUCUCAUCAGCAGUAGCUCAAAGAGGUCCAACUUAUCCAUCCAUUUUCAAUCCGCUAUCCUUAAUAUUGGUAGCCAUUGCAGAGUCUGCUUUACUUGGUUCCUCCAUUUCAGUGGGAAGCUUGAUUGGUAUGACAUUAAUCAUUCUGGGAUUGUAUUUAUUCCUAUGGGGAAAGAACAUGGAGAUCAAAACCCUAAUUCUGUCAACAAUGAGAAAAACUGAAGCUCAAGUAACAGCAGUUGGUACUAGUUCAAUGCAAUCAACGGCUGUUGUGGUUCCAACAUCUUCCCCAAAUGAGAGGCACAUUUAUAUUGACUGUGCCGAGGAAGAUGAGGACAUGACAAAACCUAGGUAGAAAAUGUAGAAAAUGAUGUUUUUCUAUUUAUUUGUUGGUGAAUUGAAACUAAUUCCGACAGGACCUUCUCAUGCAUCAAUGCCACCACAUGUAAUCUAAUUUGGCAGAUCAAAUUGAUUUUUUAGUUGUAGCUGAAAAUGUAAUCUAUCUUUAAAUUUUUUAUGUAAUGCAAAUGUAAAACUA